UUCUCUGCUCUCUGGAAUUUCAAUGCCAGUUGUGACUUUUUCUCACUCUCCAAAUCAACAUGCAGUAAGUAAUUAUUCUAAGCACCUGGAAGUGGGAGAGGUGAUGAGGAUGAAGGGAGAGGAAGAGUGAAUCCAAUAUAUUGCGUACCAACAGAUCUUCCUAUCAUCAUAAAUAGCUUUCCCACUUGCUUUGGAAGUUUCAGCAAGCACCUAAGGAACAUGUUAAGAAUCCUAACCUCAAAAAAUGGAUGGUUUUAAGAUCAUUUCUCAAUUCUCUUGGCCUUUCAGUUUGCAUAACUAGUCUAUUGGCAUAACAAACACUUAAGAGCUUUUAAAUAAAUGCCUCUUUAAAAGGGAGAGGUGGGGAAAAGGGAGAGGAAAGCUAAAUAACCAGAUACUUCCAUCCCUAAUGAGCAUAAAUUGGAUAAAUAGGACGUUAUCAGCAGUUUGAUGCACAGCUGAUAAAAAUUAUCUUCAGCGUGGCAUCCUUGAGGUCUGAUUACAGAAGUGACCCUUGCCUACCCACUCACCUAAAAUUUAUUUAAGAGGCUGACCUAGGCUCUUCCUGGCUUUUAGCAAGAAGACUGGUAGGGGGAAAUGUAUCCCCUGCUAGUUCUUUCAGGCCAUGGAGCUUCUCAGCAACUUCUUCCUUUGGUUUUUCUGCUUUUCCUGGCUGUGUUUUCCUAUUAGCCUUGGAACUCAGGCUUCUAGAGGAGAAACUCAGAUUGCAGCUGGUGCUGAGCUGGAACCUGAGGCUGAGCCUUGGUCCCUGCUGCAGCCUCUAGAUGGAAGAGACAGACCUGGCUUCCUUUCUCCUUUUUUCAAGGUUCUGUAUGAUGGGCGAGGUGGUACCCGUAGGCUGCAGCCAGACUCCAGAGCUUUGCGGUACAUGAAGAGGCUCUAUAAGGCAUAUGCUACCAAGGAGGGGAUCCCUAAAUCCAACAGAAGUCCUCUCUACAACACUGUUCGGCUCUUCACAUCCUGUGCCCAGCACAAGCAGGCUCCUGCGGACCCGGCAACAGGAUCCGCUCCAUCAGUGGACCUGCUGUUUAACCUGGACCAUGUUACUGCCGUUGAAAACUUACUGAAGUCAGUCUUGCUCUACACUUUCAGCAACUCCAUUUUUUUUCCCUCUGCUGCUCAAUGUGUAUGCACCCUGGUGAUCAAACAGCCAGAGUUUUCUAGCAGGACUCCCCAGAGAGCUCCGUCCUCAUAUACCUUUAACACAGAGUUUGAAUUUAAAAAGAAAUACAAAUGGUUUGAGGUUGAUGUGACCACUCCUCUUCGGCCGCUAAUGGCCUCCCACAAGAGAAGUAUUCACAUGUCUGUAAACUUCACCUGCAUGAGAGACCGGCGGCAGGAUCCCCCAGCGCAGGACAGGCCAUUUAACGUGACUCUUCCGGUGCCCCCCUCACUGCUUUUGUAUCUGAAUGACACAAGCGCUCAGGCUUAUCACAGGUGGUAUUCCCCUCACAAUCAACGGAGGCCUUCACUGAGCGCUGACCACAACAGAGGUCCGUCUGCCUGCCCCAAGGGAGAAGGGUCGGCUGAGGGUGUAAGAGCUUCCCGUCACCGGAGGGGUCAGGAAACCGUCAGCUUGGCAUUGAACAAGCCACUGGUUCCAGCUUCUUUGAACCUGAGUGAAUACUUCAAACAGUUUCUUUUUCCCCAACACGAGUGCGAGCUACAUGACUAUAGGCUUAGCUUCAGCCAGCUCAAGUGGGACAACUGGAUCGUGGCGCCGCACAGAUACAACCCUCGAUACUGUAAAGGCAACUGUCCCAGGGCAGUUGGACAUCGGUAUGGCUCCCCAGUUCACACCAUGGUGCAGAACAUCAUCCAUGAGAAGCUCGACUCCUCAGUGCCCAGACCAUCGUGUGUACCCGCUAAAUAUAGCCCUCUCAGUGUGUUGACCAUUGAGCUGGAUGGCUCAAUCGCUUACAAAGAAUAUGAAGACAUGAUCGCCACUAAGUGCACCUGUCGUUAACGGAGGAUUCUCUGAACUAAAACCUUGAGCCUCUUCAGUGAAGGAAAUACCGUGUGCCUCUCCGGGCCUUCCAGGGAGAGCUGUGUCGAGGGGCUGUACUGCGGUAUGUUGUGUAUGGAGGAGCCCGUGUAGAUGAGCCCAUUCUGUGGCAGCCGUCAGUGUAAAGUGGUAACAGCUGCCUUGAUUUUCAAAUGUCCAUGAAAUCAUUUCGGAGGGCUUUAGGUUUUUUUUUCCCUGAGCCAUUUUUUUUUCCUUUGGAGUCUUGUUUUUGAUGUUAAAAAAAAAAAAAAAAAAAACCAAAAACCUAAAUCUUGGAUGGAAUUGUGGCUCUAAAUAGUUCAGAGUGCUAUAGUUUUAUUUAAUGGAAGAAUA